UACAAAUAAAAUUACAAUCUACCCCCAAUAGUCUUCCAAACCUCAACUUUUCGCCAUCACCGUAAAGUCCCUCUUUGUUCUGUAUAUCGUCUCGCUGUAUCUCACCGUCGCCGUAAUAAUCACCGUCGCCACCGCCGCCGGCGUAGCUCUAUCAUCCACCCACUUGAUCUCGAAGGUUUUACAACAUUCUCGAAUUUGUUUGAAAAGCUAAUGAUGUGUGGGAUUCUCAAUCAUUUGAAUGGUUACUGAUAGUCCACUUAUGAAGUAUACCUUAUCCAGAAAGAUACGAGAAAAAAAAUGAAUUUUCAACAAAUGUCGGGGCAGAUUUCAGCGCAGGUUCCAAAUCAAAGUGGUACUUCUUCGCCUGCGCUACCCCAGCAGAAUGGAAAUGCUUCUCCUAUGCAGAUGCAAAAUCCAAGUGUUCAUCGUACUAUACCCAAUAUGGAGUUUGAGCUUGUGAAAGUUCGCAGAACUAUUUCACGAAGGAUCUAUGAGUAUCUCAUUCGGCGGCACCAGCAGCAGCAGCAAAUCCAGGAGGCGCAACAUCAGAGGAUUGUGGAUCUAGUUAAACGCCUGGAGGAAAGCUUGUUUAAGAGUGCUUCGACAAAGGAGGAGUAUAUGGAUCUAUCGACUCUGGAGAACCGAUUACUUUCUGUGAUUAAACGCCUUCCUCGGAAUAAUCAUAGCCAACAAUUCUCCCACAUAAAUUCAUCUGCAUCCAUUGGUACAAUGAUACCAACUCCAGGCAUGCCCCGAAGUUUGAAUGCGUCCCUUGUUGGGACAUCAUCUGUCGACAGUUCUGUGACUGCCGGAAGUACUCUUACAUCCUCUGCAGUUAACUCUGGAAACUUCGUGCGGACAACCAAUUUCCCCUCUGGCAGUAUGCAUGGCCCCUUGGCAAAUGGAUAUCAGCAGUCUACAUCCAAUUUCACAAUCAAUUCUGGUGGGAACAACCUGGUACCAUCCAUGGGUGGACAAAGAAUAACAAGCCAAAUGAUUCCCACUCCUGGGUUUAGUAAUAGUGAUAAGUCCAAUAAUAAUACCAGUGCUCAAUCUCACAUCAAUUUGGAAUCAUCUAAUGGUGGUGCUGCCUUUUCUGGGGUUGAUUCCGUAAUCGUGUCACAGACACCACAACAAAAGCAAAAUGUUUCUGGUCAAAAUAGCCGUAUACUGCAUACACUUGGCAGCCAUAUGGGUGGUGGAAUCAGGUCAGAAUUGCAGAAUAGGUCCUAUGGACAGUCAACUGCGCCUCUGAAUGAGGGGCUUGGAAUAACUGGGAACAAUUUGCAGCAUUUGAAUGGUCCUGGAACCUCUGAGGGUUAUACAUCCGCUACCAUGCAUGUAGACUCCCCAAAGUCGCUACUUCAACAUUUUGAUGAACAUCAGCGACCAGAAAUGCAAGGCACAGUCAUCAGUAGUCAGAGCUUGAGUGCUGUAGCCUUGCAGUCCAUGUCAAAAACAAUCUCACCUUUGAUGAGCAACACGUCGAACUUGACUGCCUCUCAGCAGAUGCCAAAUGCAAAGGUUCAACCUGUAGUUCAAUUGGAGAAGAUGAACUUACAGUCCCAGUAUUAUCUGGGCGAUGCCCAUUUAUCUUCUCAUCAGCCUCAACAAUUUCAGCAUCAACAUAAGUUUGCACAACAUUUAUCCCAACAGAAGCUACAAAGUCAGCAGCAACAACUUGUGUUAAGUAGCAGUGCUGUUGGAGGUCAGCUGCCAUCUAAUCCUGAUACUCAAGUAAAAUUGGAGCCUGAAAAUCAUGAUGAAGCCCUGCAAAAUCAGUUUCAACAGAAAACUGUUGGAGAGCAAUCUAAAGGUGCAGUAUUGCAGGGUGAACGGUAUCCGAAAUCUCAAGAUGGGUCUCAGAUACCAGGUAGCUUCUUUGAACCGAAUAUUCAAGAAGAAUUGCGUCAGAGAACUUCCACGCAAGAGGAAGCUCAGCCCAAUAAUUUAUCUACUGGGGGAUCUUUGGCCAGUCAAUCUGUUGCUAAUAGAAUAGUUGAAACCAAUAAUUCGAGCAGUGCCAUGCGCAGAUCUGGUAAUGUUCCUCGUGAACGGCAGUAUGUUAAUCAGCAGAGGUGGCUGUUGUUUUUGAUUCAUGCGCGUCGAUGUUCUGCUCCUGAAGGAAAAUGCCCUGAAACCAAUUGCAUACAUGCACAAAAACUAUUGAGGCAUAUGGAAAGAUGCAGUAAAUUUGAUUGCCGGUAUCUUCGGUGCCCUGAAACAAAGGUUUUAAUUAAUCAUUAUAGGCAGUGCAAGAAUGUAAACUGUCCCGUUUGCAUUCCAGUCAAGAAAUUUAUGCAGACACAACAUAAAGUGUUUGGUCGUCCUGGCUAUAUUUCUGAUAUGACAAAUUCCCUCAACGGUAUUUGUAGAACCUAUGAUGCUGUUGAAACUGCUUCUAAGUUGGCUGGCAACCUGAGUCCAAUGGCAGUUAAAACUCCAGAAGAUUUGCAGCCUUCUCUUAAACGCAUGAAGAUAGAGCCAUCUUCUCAACCUCAUAUCUUGGAAAUUGAAAAUUUUGUGCCAGUUUCGGCCUGUGAGUCUAAUGUUUUGCAAGAUACUCAGUUUGUUGAACAGAAUGAUGCUGUGGUAAUGAAGGCUGAAGUCACUGAAGUAAAGAUGGAAGCUUUUGCAAAUGCUGUGCAAGUUGGUCCUGGUAGUACUGAUAUAGCAAAGAAUAAUUUGGAUAAUAAAUACACCCAAAGGCCUGCUAGUGAUUCUCUUGCAUCAAGUACUCCAGGUUGUCUUGUGAAGGAGGAAAAUGUUAAUACUGAGAAGGACAUAGAUCUGCCUAAACAGGAAAAUACAUCAGUGCCCUCUGAAAGUACAAGUGGAUCCAAAUCUGGGAAGCCUAAAAUAAAGGGUGUCUCGAUGAUGGAACUUUUUACCCCAGAGCAGGUCCGGGAACACAUUAAAGGUCUGAGACAAUGGAUAGGCCAGAGCAAAGCAAAAGCAGAAAAAAAUCAAGCAAUGGAGCAUUCUAUGAGUGAAAAUUCUUGUCAGUUAUGUGCAGUUGAGAAGCUAAAUUUUGAACCCCCACCCAUAUAUUGUACUCCAUGUGGUGCUCGUAUUAAACGUAAUGCGAUGUAUUAUACCAUUGGAGCCGGUGAUACACGACACUACUUUUGCAUUCCAUGUUAUAAUGAGGCCCGUGGAGACACCAUCGUUGUUGAUGGAACCAGCGUUCCAAAGGCGAGGAUGGAGAAAAAGAGGAAUGAUGAGGAGACUGAAGAAUGGUGGGUGCAAUGUGAUAAAUGUGAAGCUUGGCAACAUCAGAUUUGUGCUUUAUUUAAUGGUAGAAGGAAUGAUGGUGGGCAAGCUGAGUAUACCUGUCCCAAUUGCUACAUAGCAGAAGUUGAAAGAGGUGAACGCAAACCCUUACCACAAAGUGCUGUUCUUGUAGCAAAAGAUCUGCCUCAAACAACUCUCAGCGAUCACAUUGAGAAACGAUUAGCUAAUAGUUUGAAGGAGGAACGGGAAAAAAGAGCAAAGCGUGAAGGAAAAGGUUAUGAUGAGGUUCCUGGAGCAGAAGGACUUGUUGUAAGAAUUGUGUCAUCAGUGGACAAAAAGUUAGAAGUGAAACCACGGUUUCUUGAGAUAUUUCAGGAAGAGAACUAUCCGCUGGAGUUCCCGUAUAAAUCAAAGGUGUUAUUGUUAUUUCAGAGAAUUGAAGGUGUGGAGGUGUGCCUCUUUGGCAUGUAUGUUCAAGAAUUUGGAUCUGAAUGCGCACAGCCAAAUCAUCGCCGGGUUUAUCUCUCGUAUCUAGAUUCUGUUAAAUAUUUCAGGCCAGAGAUAAAAACUGUAACUGGGGAGGCUCUCCGCACAUUUGUGUACCAUGAAAUUUUGAUUGGAUAUCUAGAAUAUUGCAAAAAGCGUGGUUUCACAAGUUGUUAUAUUUGGGCUUGUCCUCCACUUAAGGGUGAAGAUUAUAUAUUAUAUUGCCAUCCCGAAAUUCAGAAGACCCCAAAAUCUGACAAACUAAGAGAGUGGUAUUUAUCAAUGUUAAGAAAAGCUAAGGAGCAAAAUAUAGUUGUCGAGCUCACUAAUUUAUACAACCAUUUCUUCAUAUCCACGGGCGAAUGUAAAGCUAAAGUAACUGCAGCUCGUCUGCCUUAUUUUGAUGGUGAUUAUUGGCCUGGUGCUGCAGAGGAUAUGAUUUAUCAACUUCAGCAGGAAGAGGAUGGGAGAAAGCAGCCUAAAAAAGGAACUAUAAGGAAGACCAUAACAAAAAGAGCUCUGAAAGCAUCUGGUCAAUUUGAUCUUUCUGGGAAUACAUCUAAGGAUCUGCUUCUAAUGCAAAAACUCGGUGAAACGAUUUCUCCAAUGAAGGAGGAUUUUAUUAUGGUUCAUUUACAGCAUGCAUGUACCCAUUGUUGCGGUCUAAUGGUUUCUGGAAAUCGUUGGGAGUGCAAGCAAUGCGAGAAUUUUCAGCUUUGUGACAAGUGUUAUGAAAUUGAGCAAAAACUUGAAGAUAGAGAAAGACAUCCUAUUAAUCAAAAGGACAAGCACACACUUUAUCAAUGUAAAAUCAAGGAGGUACCUCAUGACACCAAGGAUGAAGAUGAAAUUCUCGAGAGUGAGUUUUUUGAUACAAGACAGGCAUUUUUGAGCCUUUGUCAGGGAAAUCAUUACCAAUAUGAUACCCUCAGGCGCGCUAAACAUUCCUCGAUGAUGGUCCUUUACCACCUUCAUAAUCCCACAGCACCAGCAUUCGUGACAACUUGCAACAUUUGUUACCUUGAUAUAGAAGCUGGUCAAGGUUGGCGAUGUGAAGUUUGCGCAGAUUAUGAUGUUUGCAAUGCUUGUUACCAGAAAGAUGGUGGAAUUGAUCAUCCUCAUAAGUUGACUAAGCAUCCGUCCUUGGCUGACCGUGAUGCACAGAAUAAAGAAGCUAGGCAACUACGAGUUUCACAGCUUAAGAAGAUGCUUGAGCUCCUGGUGCAUGCUUCUCAGUGUCGCUUUCCUCAUUGUCCAUAUGUGAACUGUCGCAAAGUUAAGGGGCUUUUCCGCCAUGGUAUACAGUGUAAAAUACGAGUUUCUGGAGGUUGUGUUCUCUGUAAGAAGAUGUGGUAUCUCCUUCAAUUGCAUGCUCGUGCAUGCAAGGUAUCUGAAUGUCAUGUUCCCCGAUGCAGAGAUUUGAAAGAACAUUUGCGGAGGAUGCAGCAGCAGGCUGAUUCUCGGCGGAGAGCUGCUGUCAUGGAGAUGAUGAGGCAGCGUACAGCAGAAGUUGCAGGCGGUUCUGGUUGAAGAUAUUGUACAUACUUCAAAGGCAUGGUGCUAAAGUGUUAUUGGAGGUAGGACUAUGGAAGCGCGGAAUCAUUGAACACACAAAAUCUGCUUCAUGCCAACAGUGCUUAUUCAUCCAUAAAAAUAUGCUCUCCCAUGGGACAAGAAAUUGAUCAGGUCUGGUUUAUCAUCACUCUAAUGAUUCCUUCAGUGGCACAGCUCUGGAUUACAUCUAUAAUGAUGGUUAUAGAACCUAGCUGCUCUUGACAACCAUUCCGUGGUAGUAUAGAAUGCCAACGAGCUCCGCCUGAACGUGGCGCAUAGGUGAUUCUUUGAUUUCAUUCUGCCAUAGGAAGUUCAUCAUUUGAUGGCAGAUGUAAUAUAGCUUUCCUUAUUUAACUUGAGCUAGCUUGCAAGCCUUUUUGUUAAAAAGUAAAAAUUAUUUUGCUGCCUUCUACUCCAUGAGUUCUCAAACUGGAUUUAGAUUCUGUGGAUGUUUCUUUUAUAUUUAUAAUAUAUAAUAUGAUAUACAUAUUAAAGAUGA